AUGGCUCUUGACGGAGUUGCUGACCUAAUGCAGGGGUCUGCAUUUUCGAUGUGCCUGGAGAAGGACAUCAUGGCUGUUGCAAGACGUGUCGUCCCAUCUCCAGAUAUCUACGAGCGAUGGUCAACGUUGCUGUCGAUACUAGACCGUGACUUUCGAUAUAAUGGCUAUGAUGAGGUCGCAGAGGCAGUUAGCUUGGAAAAUAUGCGGGAUCCAGUGGCAGCAUAUCUGUUUACGAUUGUGAUGGCCUAG